AUGGGAUAUGCCAACGCCGUCUGCCCCGUCUGGCAUCAAACGAAAGCCGAUUCCUUCGGCAACAUGUUGAUCGAUGAGUUCUGCAAAGGACAGCUGACCGCGGCAAAGGUGCAAAGCUUAGCUUCGGCCGCCGUGAAGUGGCACACUGCUUUAAGCGAGCAAUACUUUCGCGACCUUUUCUUGCCCGUGAACGCGAAAGCCUACUGGGACAAUCUGGAGCGAAAUGCUCCAUGGUUUCGCGAGCACCCCAUGUUUGGAUGGAAGGGAGACCGUUCAAAGCUUAUCCCUUUGAGCCUUUACGGCGAUGAAGUUGCUGCAUAUAAGGCAACGGAAGCUGGUUCAGUUUCUGUGAUCGCAUUUACGACGGACCUUACACCAAAGCAAGACCCACUUGGCCGUUACUUUUUGGUAUCGGUAUACAGCGAUCAUACAGCUACGUCCGACACCUACACGGACGUGCUCAAUGGUAUUAUUCCUCGUUUUCAGAAGCUUGUGUCACCGGAGUUCCAAGGUGCAGCUCACACCCGCGCACGCUAUGAUCACAAGCAUUUCGUUGCAAACACACCACUGGAGGAACGAAAUGUGAUCUUCCAGAUCCCGGGAAUGCUUUACGAGAGGUUCCUCCACGACCCGUGCCAUGGACAGUUGCUGGGCACUUCGAAGGUUCUGAACGGUGCUGCAUUGGUGUACCUUGCAGAAAACGGUUGGUUCGGCGAGUGGCCAGCUGUUGGCAAGUACGACGCCAGAUUGGCUCCGCUGCUGAAUCUGGCUUAUGGCAGGUUUGAAGAUUGGAAGAGGAAGUGUCGCUUGCAAUGUACUCAAGCGAGGUUUACACCUGCUCGGCUGAACAGAACGAAGAAGUUGCAAUUCCCAAGUUUGACUGGCAAAGCAGUGGCACAGAAGGUCAUCAGCUUUUGGCUGGCUGAGGAGACAGCUUCUUUUGCAAAGCGAGCAGGCAAGUCGGAGCAGGACGAGCAGCUGGCUGCUUGCAUGCUCACGUAUGUUCGUGUUUUGCGAUGUCUGGAUGAGUUUGGCAUGCUGUUGACAGAGCAACAGGCUGCUGAAUUCCACAAGACAGGCAUGUCACACUUACGUGUUUAUGCCAUGCUGCAUUCUGCGACGACGUUCAUGUUCCAGUUGCUGCCCAAGCAUCACUACUUUCAGCACAUGAUUGAAGAUGCUUCGCAGCACAGGGUGAACGCCAACAUCUACACGCUGCUGGCAGCCGAAUCGUUUGUCGGCCAGAUAGGCAGGAUCAGCAGGAGAUGCCACAAGGCAACUGUGUCCUGCAGAACUGCACAGCGAUACCUGGUGCAGCUCAAAGCUCGCUUGGAGCAGCCUGCGAUGCAUGCGACCAAGCGGAAGCGAGCCUAG